AACAUACACACACAAACACACAUUCACACAUAGAUUGAGAGAGAAAGAGAGAGAGGAGCAAUUAAUAAAAUUAGUUUCCUGUUAAAUAUUCACUUAGGAUCAGUUUUGUGUAGACACUCAGAUGUCCUUUCCAUAGUAGAUUUUACUAUUUCUUACCAUCAAGAAUUCAAGAAUUUAAUAAAGAGGCUUUUGGAGAUAUGCAUUUCAGGCAGGAUCUAAAUUAUAGCCUAAUAAUAAGAUGAAUCACUUGCUUCCAAUUCAUGGGCCUUGUCUUCGAACCAUAUCAAAGAGGCUAUUGCAAAGAAGUCUACACAUUAGAUCAAGAUCUAUAUCUUCUGAGGGUCGUGCUGUUAUGAAUUCAUUGUUUUGUCAAGUUCAAAACAAUAAUUCAUUGCACAAAAGGUGCUUAUGCCAGAGCGCAGGACUUGGUAAAUCAGACCUCACAGGAGUCACCAAGGUUCUCUAUGAUGGCGAGUGCAGGCUUUGUGAAAUUGAAAUCUCUGCUCUGAAGCGUUUCUCAAAUGGCAAAGGCGCUGUCCUGUUUACAGACAUCACCCAACCAGAAUAUGAUCCCCAAGGGAAUGGCGGGGUCACUUAUGAACGUGCAAUGAAGGAAAUGCAUGUCAUUGCUCCUGACGGACAGGUGUUAACCCAGGGAGAUGCUAUACGUCAGAUGUACCGAGCUUGUGGUCUCGGCUGGGUUGCAAAAGCCACAGAACUUCCCGGUAUUAGAAGUGUAUGUGACAGACUGUAUGUCCAUUUUGCUGAAUACCGACUGAACAAAGCCCUGGACAGAUGUGAUGGUAACAGCUGCUCUAUCAAACUUCAACAUUUGAGGGAGAAGUACAGAAAUUCUUCCAGUUGAAUAAAAAAAAAAAUGCAUUGUUGAUAAAUCUCUGUCCCUGUCCGUAUGUCAUUUACUGCGGCUUCACAAAUCCCCAUUUUUCAGGGCUAUUUUAAUCAUAGAUUAUGAUUAUAAUAGUUAUAGUAUGCAAGGGACUUACAAGAAUGUCACCUGAAAAGUGCAUCGCUUUCUUUCACCCUAUUCUGUCUCUACUGUUUGCAAAGAAGAGGGAAAAGGGGCACCGGUAAUGUACAAAGUCCUAUCCAACAGAGCUCUCUAGUAAACCUUUGAUCCUUACAACAUUAGUCAGGCUCGGAUAACUCAAACUCAAACACAACAGCAAUUGACGAAUGUGUUUGACUCGUCCAUAAUUGUGGUAAACUAAUAUACCCCCAAAAAAUUAAAGAGAUAUCAUAUAUCAUUCCUGGAAUGGCAAAUGGUACAAGCUAUCUGUCAUUUUGAGUUUUUCGUGCCCCGACUGUAUAUUUAAUAUUAUGAACAAUAAAUUAGAGGCCCGGUAAUAACUUGUAUAGACUGGCUUUAGAGAGCUCACCUUUCUUUUGCUUCUUGUAUCAUCUUAUCUCUUGUUUGGAAAGCUUUUAGAGUAUUUUUGGACAUCACAUGAGAAUCUCUUUCCCCAUGUUUGUUUUUUAAAGUAUCAUAGCUAAGGUCUUUCAUGUCUUUGUCUUGAGGACAAUCAUUUGUAAAACAAAUUGAAAAUUGUAAUUGACAUUGGUGGAGUCAGUUCUGUUGAAUAACUUUGUUUCGAAGAAUUUGUUAAUGAAAUGAAUGACAGUUUGACAUGUGAACAGACAUGAGCAGUGAUUUCUUGUUACACAUAUUAUUUUUACUGACUCGUAUUUUGUGCAGAUUGACUAUGACUGUAAAAUACCCAUAUAUGUAUAUAUCAGUAUGAGGAGUUACUGCUUUGGCUUUGUUCAUUGGAUAUGUGAGUGACUCUGUGGUGUACUGUGUGAAUACCCACUCAGCGAACUGUACUCUGAACAGAAAAAUAAAUGAAUGCUUCCAGUUCCUGAAAA